AGGCAGUAGGCAUCACAACAUAAUCACCUGUCACCCAGCUACACUCCCAAAACGAAACAAUCACCCAAACAAUACAAAACACAAUUACACACAAUCAACACACACAAAACAAACAAACAUGGGUGAGCAAGCAAAGCAAGGAGCCGCAGCCAUGGCGGACAUAACAAAGAAGCUAAACAUGAUGAUAAUGGGCGAAUCGCAAAACCCAAUUACCCAAUUACAAACCAAGUACAAAGAAUUAGAAUCUGGGUUCAAAUCCUGGCUUGCGCAGCAGUCUCUGCCUGUUGAAGCUGCUGUUGUUACUUUCACAAGCGCUGCUCAAGGUGCUGCUAUUGGGGGAUUUAUGGGUACUCUUACUAAUGAUGCUUCCUCGGCUUUUCCUACUCCCCCGCCUAAUGCUCCCCUUAAUCCUCAAGCCAUGGCUUCUAUUCAGCAGGCCCAGGCUCUUGCAGGGGGUCCUUUGAUACAGGCGCGUAAUUUUGCUGUCAUGACAGGUGUAAAUGCUGGAAUAACUUGCGUUUUGAAACGAGUACGAGGCAAGGAGGAUGUCCAAUCUAGUAUGGCUGCAGCUUUUGGUUCUGGAGUCAUGUUUUCGUUGGUGAGUGGUAUGGGUGGUGGUCCUAAUCAGGCUGGAAGUGCGGUGACAUCAGGUCUUUUCUUUGCAUUGAUUCAGGGUGGAUUGUUUAAGGUAGGGGAGAAAUUCUCCAAGCCCCCUGUUGAAGAUGUUUUAUAUAAUAAAACUAGAAGCAUGCUGUCAAGCCUCGGCCUCCAGAAUUACGAGAAGAAUUUCAAGAAAGGGUUAUUAACAGACAAUACGCUGCCUUUGCUUAAUGACAGUGCUCUUCGAGAUGUACGAAUCCCUCCUGGACCAAGGCUUCUCAUUCUUGAUCGCAUCCAAAGGGACCCUGAUUUCAAAGAAACACGAGGAGCCUUUCGUUGAAGUGAUGGAGUUCUAUCUUCCUGGAGUAGAUUGUACGGAAUGAUUGGAAAUGUAUUUCUGCCAAAUGUAGUGUAAUCGAAUAAUGUGUCAACUCAUACUAGUCAUGUUAUUACUUAUAUUAAUAACUAGGAAUUAUAUGGACAGCUCUGUUAUAGUUCUAUUUAUAGUUUAUUUCCUCGGUGAAA